GUGCCGACCGAUGACGCCGCAGCGGGGCCAUCGCAUCGGCGAGUCGCGCCUACCAGCGCCUGCCUGGGGGCCCCAUGCGCACGAGCAACAACCACAGGGCCUGUCGGCAGCAGAGUUGGCCCAGCAGAGUACUUCAAAGGUCCCGCCGUUCUGGGCUCCGUACCUCGAGCAGCGGGGCUACCCCUUCCGCCUGUGGGUCCAGGACGUGAUGCUGUGGUGCGCCGCGACGGAGCUGCAGCCCCCACAGCGUGGCCCAGCUAUUGUCCAGCGCCUGGGCGGCACAGCGAGGGACCUCUGUCGCGAGGUGCCGGUGGAGAACAUCGCGCUGGGCAGGUUCGAUGGCCUGGGCAACCAGAUCGAGGACGGUGUGCAGAUGCUGAUUGCGGGACUCCGACGGCGCUUCGGCCCGCUUGAUGUUCAGACCUCGAUCAGUACUAUCGUGGAGCUACUCACCUUCCGCCGCCAGGAGCGGGAGAGCGUCGACGAUGCGGUCACCCGCUUCGAGGCGCUGCGCGCACGAGUGGGUCAACUCGACGAUCAUUUCGUGCUCCCGACGCCCGUGCUCGCUCUGCUGUUCCUGGAAGCGAUGCAUGUGCCUAAGGCGGUGUACCCCCUCGUGCUGCAGAGCAACAACGGUCAGUUGCCAACGACGACGGACCAGCUGAACACGGUGACUGGCAUGGUGCGGCAGCAGGGGCACUUCGCGGAGCACACGCACGCAGGACCGCAGAGCCUGGCCGAGGGCUACCGCGGCAAGGGACACCAUGGGCAACAUUGGUUUACGGGCGAUAGCGCCAGCGGCACAGCAACGUGGAGUGACACGGCCGCGUACAUGUAUGGACAGAGUGCUGGCGGUGUGAGCAGCACGGGAUCGGCCGUGCACGGCAACUCCUCUCAGCACUACGUUGUUCAGGAUGAGGAGGGCUACGACUGCUGUGCCAUCUGUGCGAGCUACCUGUGCGAGGACGAGCCGGGCGACGAGGACUCGAUGACCGACGACGACGACCUGGACACCUCCAAGUUCACGCCCGAGGAACUCCAGGAGUACUACGGCGACGCCGAGGGCUGGGGAUAUCAUUUCGGCGGAUCAGUGGUGAAUCCCAGAUCCUUGGCGGGCGGCAAAGGUAAGAGGAAGACGGGUGGCAAACACUACAUGGCAGGUUCUCCGAGUGCCACCAACCCUCGGGGCAGAGACGGCCGCAUCAUGCGAUGUCACGAGUGCGACUCGGAGACGCACCUCGUGGCCUCCUGCCCCCAGCGCAAGGGCAAGGGCAAGGGCAAGCACUUCACGGCCUGGAGCGCGCCUAGCGCCACGACGGGUCCACAGACGCCCGGCUCUCAAGCCGCGGAUCCAGUGCUGGCCGCGUACUCACCUUCCUCAGCGCAGCCAAGAACAGGAUCGAUGGCUGGAGUACUCCACUACCUCACGGACGACAUCCAGACGCCCGGCGUGCAGAUCGGCGACCUCGACGAGGACGACGGCCGCGAGGCCUUGGACUGGGAGACCCUCAACAUGCUCGACGACAUCACGGAGCACGACAUGCUGGCGGAGAUACAGGCGAGUGCAGAGGACCGCACCGACGCGAAGACUAGCCCCGAAUGGUUCCCGUGGUGGCGAGUGGACCAGCUCGAGAGCACCAACGAGGAUACCUAUCUGGUCCGCACCCGCAUGAAGAACAAGAGUGGCGAAGCCUUGCUGGUGGACCCCGGGGGCCCAGGCAACCUCGCUGGCGACGAGUGGGGCCAUCGGAUGGCCGAGAAGCAGCGACAGGCAUUACUCCCCCCACCAGUUCGCACGCCUCUCGGCAAGACGCUCGAAGUGGGCGGCGUGGGCUCAGGAUCUCAGCAAGCGACUCAUUCUCAUCGUUAUCAAUUGGCACUGGAAGGAGGUCAAGCGGCUACCUAUGAAGCACUGGUGCUCCCGAACAGCAGCGUGCCGGCGCUGCUCGGGCGGAAGUCCUUGCGGGACCAGCGCACCCUGCUGGACUGCUUCAGCAAUAGGCUGUACCGCAUCGGCCCAGGUGGCUAUUCGCUGCGGCUGAGCCCUGGAUCGGCGCAGCAUCACCUGGAGGAGAGCCAUGAGUGCAGGGCCGACAAAGACCAGGGCAUUGGCUACGUCAACUGCGUCCGAUACUACCGACUCGACAGCAGCGACUUCACCAACUCCGAUGGCGCCCAGCAUGGCGAGCAAGAAGAGUACUACCGCAGCGUCAUCCAGCAGCGGAAUCGCCGCGAGCAGUUCUGGCGGGCAGUGAGCGCGCUGGCCGCGAGCUUUCCCACCGAGCAGAGGACGCGCGACAAGGAGGUCGAACAGGUCUUCGACGACUGCGGGUCCGACUUCACGAUGCUCUACGUGGCGAACGAGUACGAGCUGGACGAGGUCUGCUACGGCACCGAGCUCAGGGAAGAUCAGUACGUCGACGAGCAGCCGUACGUGAAGAUGUCCGAGUUCUUUGGCAUGACAGGCUCGGAGGCAUAUCUGAGCCAGAAGGGCGAGCAGCAUAACUUCUUCCACUCGACGAAUGAUAUGGUAAAGUAUAUGAAUCACUACUACGGCCACCUGCAGCACGACGAUGUCGCGGAGCUGUGCGGUGGAGCAUCGGGAACAUCACGGCUACUUGUACGACGAGGCUACCGACGUGGCCCCAACUUCGACCUCAUCUGCAACUGCAACUUGAUGACUCACGAGGGCCAGCAGCAGUUCUGGGCAUACUUGCAUGACAGCAAGCCCCUCGUGCUGCUGAUCAGCACGCCAUGCACUAGCCUGAAGGGGUUCUCGGCACUCAACAAGGUCAUCAACCACGGCGGCUGGCUGCGCAGUCGCAGGAUAUCAGUGGCACUGGCCCGCCUGGCCGCUGCAGCAGCAUGUGCGCAGAUGAACGCCGGACGCCACUUCGUGUUGGAGCAGCCCCUUGGCAGCGACUUCUACAAGCUCGACGACUGGAGGUACACUGCCAACAACUACGCGGCGGUGGUGCGUUGUCAGGUUGACCAGUGCAUGGCGGGCAAGAUAGGCGCCUGCCCGGAGCAGGACAAGUGGUGCCUGGAGAAUCCUAAAGAUCAUGCAGAGUGGGCCAUCGGCAUUUGCAGGGAGCUGGCCACGAGCAUUUCCCGCAUGAUAGAGCACGUGAGGGCUCAGGGACAUCACCUUGUCGUGUUCGAGUGCUACCCCACGACUGCGGUGCAGGCGGACGGCGCUGCGGCCGCGCGGUCUCAGAUACACGACAUACCCGAAUACCUGGAGAAUGCCGAGCAGACGGAGUUCUACCGAGAGCAGUCGGACCGCGAGACCUGCGGCCACGGCAGCCGCCCGCCGCGGAGGAGCCGACUGCGAAUCAAGCACCAAGCGCAGCUCGAGCUGACGCGCGCGACGCCGAGCCAGAACCACCACCACCUCCACCCGUUCAGGCAGAACGGCGAGCUCGAAGAGCGGGACCCGAUGAUCCACUUCCACCAGCUCUGGCAGCACGGCAAGCUCGAAGAGCUCGAUCGGAUGGUCCACGACCUCGAUCGAGACUGGCAGCAGCACUGGACGGAGCAGAGCCAGCUGAGUCGUCAGGUGGCGCCGCAGGAUCUGCUGACGCCGUCGGUGAAGCACCAGGCGCGGCGCAACCUGCAGCAGCUCCAGCUGAACGACCUCAAGGUGUCGAUGCGGGGACUCAGGCUCGAGCUAGUGACGAGCCCGGCCGGCGCUCCUGCGUCCAUGUUGGCCCUGGUGAAGGAGAUCUGCGACACAUGCCGAGUGUGCAGAAUGUGGGCGAGACCGGGACCGAAAAGUAUGACAGUUUCUCGGCUCGCGACGGGCUUCAACGAGAUGGUCCAGUGGGACAUCCUCUACAUCGGCGACCAGAUGGUGGCCCACAUGAUCGACGAAGCGACACGCUGGACAGUGCGGAACAUUCUAGACCGCAAGACGGCGAUCACGAUCAUUGCCGGGAUCACCAACGGCUAUAUACGGCCUCAUGGCCCCAUGAAGCUGCUGAUUGCCGAUCUCGAGGGCGGCCUCCACGGAGAGGAAGGCAUCGCGAUGCCGUUGGAGAUCGUGAUCGCGGAGUGCGCACUCCUCAAGAACCUCCUCAUCACCGCGGCGGGCUUCAAUUCCUACCAGGCGGUGUAUGGACGACUUCCUCCACUGCUGGCGGAGUUCGAGCCGGUGAGCGACUGUCAGAUUGAUGAUCAGUCUGCGGGCAUCCCGGGCAUCUCACCGGGGUCGCGCGACCCGGUGGCCACCAUCAUGAGCUACGCAGACCAGCUGGACAGCAAGGUCGUGCGUGUUGGUUGGCUCUUCGACGCCGGGUGGAAGCGGACCGCGGACAGCCAGAAGCUCAGCGAGCUGGUUCUGGCGGUGUUGCAUGUAGCCGCCAGCGGCUUCUACCUGGUGGGCUGCGUCGGCGCGAGAGUGGGCAAUGGCGUAUCCGUACUUGAAGGAAUGGCCGGCUGUGACCGCAGUUUCCUGUGGUGGUGGCGGCGUGGCCGCCCAGAGCUAUCCUGGUACCACGAGGCGUCGGGUUCCGCGAGAUUGAAGCUGGCACAGAUCUUUGGCCAGGAUCAUUGGCGAGACGUGAGUUUCGUGCAGUUCAUCCUGACCGACGACGAAUCAGAGUACGAGUUCGCCAGUUGGCAGUAUAUGAAGGAGCAGGCCGCGUUGCCUGCGGUCGACGCCGAGUGCGCUCAGUACGACUUCGCAGCCCCGGACGCAGAUCACGUGGUGGAGGCAGAACACGUUCGACGUCCGGGAGCUGGCGAGAUCUAUGUUCUUCGCAUCUACAACACGGGCCAGCGCGAGAUCGUUGUCGAGCGUGAGAUGAAUGUGCUCACACUGGAGGAAGCCCGAGCUCAUGAGGUUGAAGUACGACAGGCGAUGAAGGAUGAGCUCCAGCGCUGUGCGGGAUUGCAAGCAUUCCAGCGAUUCCCGAAGGAUCAGGCGAACAACGUCAUCGACUCGCGCUGGGUGCUCAAGUGGAAGGAGCUUGAUGGCAAGAAGCAGGUGCGUGCGAGACUCACAGUGAGGGGCUUCAAGGUCAUGCAGUCCCCAGAGCUGUCCACGUUUGCAGGAAUCACGACACGAUGGGGGCAGCGACUGGUGAAUCAAGUGACAGCGCAGCGCAGGUGGCGAUUAUUCUCAGCUGACAUCAGCCAAGCAUUCUUGCGUGGCCUCACCUUCGAGCAGGUUGCCGCCAUGGACGGGGAAGUGAAGCGGAAAGUGCAGUUCACCAUGCCGCCUGGAUCGAUCCCCGUGCUACGACAACUUGAAGGAUACGAGGACCUCAACCCUGUGACAGAUGUGUUGUUGCUCCUUCGCUGCGGGUUCGUCCUCAAAGAUGCGCCGAGACUGUGGCAGGUCAUGCUGAAGAAGGUGUUGGAGAAGACCUGCGGCAGGGCGCUCAUCAGCGACCCGCAGCUCUACGUGUACCACAACGAGAAGGGCGAGCUGCAGAUGAUCAUGUCCUCGCACGUUGACGACUUGAAGGGCGGCGGCGAGGACUACCAAAGGGAGAAGGUGCUGAGCGUGAUAGAAGCGGACUUCGGGAAGCUGAAGCGAGCAUACCGAGUUCGACUAGCGGUUGUCAGCGACUCAGCCUUCCACGCCAUGGAGUUCGAGGGGCUGGCGAUCCGAGGCUGCGUGAUCAUGCUACUAGAAGCCAGUGAAGAAGUGGUAAGGACGGGAUCUACGUACAGAAUCGUGAUGCUAGGCUGGUACAGUCGCAAGCAGAACAAUGUGGUCAGGUCUACGUAUGCGGCUGAGCUGAUGGCGUUGCUGGAUGCUCUUGGCACUGGGACGCUCCUUAACGUUGCACUGACCGAGAUUAACGAAGGUGUAUGUUCUGCCAACCAGAUGCGGAUGCGGCAGGGGAACGGCAACUUGAUGAUGAAGAUGAUGGCGGCCAUCGACGCAAAGGCCGUGUUCGACGCCGUCUCCGCAGAUGUUAUCAAGAUCGCGACGGACAAGCGGAUGUUCGUGCCGACGUUGGCGGUGCGAGAACAGCUGGACCGUCUCCAGCUAGCGCAGCUCUGCUGGAUCGACACGAUCGACAUGCUGGCAGAUGCGCUCACUAAGGGCGAGAUCGACAGGGAGCCGCUCGUGAAGCUGGGUUUCCAGAACGAGUGGCGUCUGAGCGGGCUGCAGCCUGUG